AUGGCUUCGCUGCGUUUCUCAGCGAAUCUGUCGUGGUUGUUCCCCGAGCUCCCUGGCCUCCCCGCGCGGCUGAGGGCCGCGGGCAGCGCGGGCUUCGAGGCCGCGGAGGUGGCCUGGCCAUACGCGGAGCCGCCGGAGGAACUGGCACGCGCAGUGCGUGAGGCUGGACUGCGGAUGGUGCUGAUCAAUACGCCCUCGGGAGACCCAGAGAAGGGGGAGAUGGGGCUGGCGGCCGUACCGGGAAGGCAGGAUGCCUUCCGAGAGGGGCUGGAACAGGCUGUGCUCUAUGCCAAGGCCCUGGGCUGUCCCAGGAUUCACCUGAUGGCUGGCCGUGUACCCCAGGGAGCUGAUCGAGCGGCUGUCGAGGGUGAGAUGGAGACAGUUUUUCUGGAGAACCUGAGACACGCAGCUGGGGUUUUGGCUCAGGAGAACCUCGUGGGACUGCUGGAGCCCAUUAACACUCGAAUCACUGAUCCCCGGUACUUCCUGGAUACCCCCCAGCAAGUGGCAGCCAUCUUACAGAAGGUUGGAAGACCCAAUCUCCAGUUACAAAUGGACAUAUUCCACUGGCAAAUCAUGGAUGGGAACCUGACGGGAAAUAUCCGGGAGUUCCUGCCCAUUGUUGGACAUGUGCAGGUGGCGCAGGUCCCAGGCCGGGGGGAACCCGACAGUGCUGGAGAGCUGAACUUUCCCUACCUAUUCCAGCUGCUGCAAGAUGAAGGCUACACGGGCUUUGUGGGCUGAGACACUGUAGAGGGCUUGAGAUGGCUACGUACAUAUUGGGACAGGUGGGGCCGCCCACCGGCUGGCCAGUGAGGUCCUGUCCACUGCCCACAUACCUCUCUGGGACAAAGAGUAUCCUGUGUCUCCUCCUCUGAAUUAAAGACAAUAUGCUGAA